AUGCCUUCCCUCUCCCCAACCCCCCAUGCAGCCAUCCUGGUGUCGUCAGUGUGUGGGCUGGUGGACUACGAGGAGGCGGCCUUCCUGCUGCGAGUGGACCCCAAGGACUUUGUCGUGUGGAUGCUCGCCUUCUGUGGCACGCUCUUCUUCGGCAUCCAGGUGCGCUCUUCUUCGGCAUCCAGGUGCGCUCUUCUUCGGCAUCCAGGUGCGCUCUUCUUCGGCAUCCAGGUGCGCUCUUCUUCGGCAUCCAGGUGCGCUCUUCUUCGGCAUCCAGGUGCGCUCUUCUUCGGCAUCCAGGUGCGCUCUUCUUCGGCAUCCAGGCUCAUCCCCCCAGCAGUGGAAAAUGAUGAUGCCUUGGGCCAUCCUCUGCCUUGCAUGCUCAAUGAGGCGGCCACCAUGCAGCCUGGUGAGCAUUGCCGCCAUCUCACUGCCGCCAUCUCACUGCCGUCCGUUAAUCCACGCCUCCCAUCUCACCUCCCUCCGUUCUUCCCUGCUCCAUUCCAUGCCAUGCAGACGGGAGUGAUGGUGGCGGUGGUGAUCUCCCUCGGCUUUGUGAUCAACGAGUCCGCCAACGCGCAGUGUGAGGAGCUGGGGCGGCUACCCGGCACCACAGUGUACCGCACAGUGCAGCAGUACCCCGACGCCAAGGUCACCCCUGGCAUCGCUGUCAUCAAGUGCCACUCCCACCUGUACUUUGCGAAUGUGAGCAACCUGCGGGACGUGCUGAGGCGCUACGAGGGGCUCACCAGCAGAACGCCCCUGCCCGCCCCAAGCCCUGUCACCACACCCACGCGCUCCCCCCCUGCUGCCACCGCUGCCGCCACUCCUGCUGCCAGCACCCGCACCAGCACCCCCAGCCCUGCCCGAUCCUCCACCAGUCCUAGCAGCCUGGCUCGGCGAGCCAGCGACGGGAGCUUGGACGGGCGCACCAGCAGCUUCAGGAGCGGUGGGAGCAGCAGGGGCGGGGGAGGGGGGAGCGGCAGGGGCGGGGGAGGGGGGAGCAGCAGGGGCGGGGGAGGGGGGAGCGGCAGGGGCGGGGGAGGGGGGAGCAGCAGGGGCGGGGGAGGGGGGAGCGGCAGGGGCGGGGGAGGGGGGAGCGGCAGGGGCGGGGGAGGGGGGAGCGGCAGCAGCGGGGGGAGCGGGGAGUGUGACGUGGAGGGGGGAGGGGGGGCGGGCGAGGCACUGGUAUCGCCAGUGGAAUCAUCUGCACGGGACCAGCAGGGACGGAGAGGAGCGGCGGCAAAGGGGCGAGCUCUGGGUGCGGCAAAUGUGCCUAUAGAGUAUGUGAUUAUAGACAUGACGUCAGUGCAUGCAGUGGACUCAGCAGCGUGCCAUGCGUUGAGAGAGAUCUGUCUGGAGUACCAGGGGAGAGGGGUGCGCCUGGCCCUUGCCAACCCCAGCCAUGCCGUCAUGCAGAGACUCACACGGGCGGGGAUCCCGGACCUGAUCGGGCAACAGUGGUUUUUUGUGCGGAUUUUCGAUGCCGUGCAGCUCUGCAAGGCUGACAUGGCGUGCCGGCACGCUGCAGCCUCUGGUGCGCUGCCACCUGGCGGGUUUAUGGUUGCUGACGUGGAGCAGAAGAGGGUGGGGCAGCAACGGCAGCAGCUGCAGCAGCAGCAGCAGCAGCAGCAGCAGCAGCAGGGGAGGGUGCUGGUGCGGCCGCAUUCGUUUUCAGAGGAUGUCAGGGUCGCUGCUCGGCCUGCACAGGCAGAUGGGCAGGUGGAGAGAGGUGUGCGGGGUGGGGGGAGGGACAGACAGAGUGACGGUGUGGGGCAGGUGGCAGGGGGAGGGAGGGGGCGGACAGUGACGUGGGGCAUGCAGGGGACGAGAGCACGGGGGGCAACAGAGAGAAGCAGUGGGGAUGGGCCGGGUGGGGUGGGGAUGGAUAUUGGAUCAGUGGUUGGGUCAACAGCAGUGGGGGGUAGGGGGUCAGGGGGCAGUGCCAGGGAUGGGCGCAUGGCAGGCUGGCCGGAGGAGGACGAGUUUCCUGGCAGCCCCGACUAUGGUAUUCUCAUGCCUGCUGGGGGCAUUGCUGCCGCCGCUGCCUCCCGUGCAGCUGCAGCAGAGGCAGGGGCAGGUGAUGGGGAAGGGGAAGGUCCGUCGGGCGUGGGUGUGGCGUCGCCUGAGUUUCCACCACUCGAUGGGUUUGACGCGCAUGCGUUUUCAGCACCUGAAGUGAUGCAGUCUGAGUAUGUGCUGGCAGAUGCAGAGGAGGAAGAGUCGGAGUGGGUGAGAAUACGACGGGAUAGGAAGAGGAGGGAGAAACAUGCAAGGGCUAGGCCAGAUGAAGAUGGGGAGAGCACUGGGCAAGAUGAGGCUGAGGAAGACAGCCGCCCUACUUGCCCUGUAUGCCAUGGCUUUCUGCCAUUGGCUGAUGGCCAGACGCCAGAUUAUGAGCCUAGCCAUGUCCUUGUGGAUUAUUGUGUUUGCUUUAGUGACUAA